AAAACGCGAUGAAUUGGGAGGAGAGAUCCCUUCUGGAGGUUGGCCAAUUGGGCCCAAGCGACGAUCCACGCGAUCGCGACGCCAUCGCCCAUCCACACCAUCACAAGUUUGAAGAUUUCUCGCUCGCGAUUGCGCCUGUUGGUGGAGGCGGUAGUAGUAGUCGUCACUGGUACAGAGGAGUAGUAAUUAGAAGGAAAGGAGGAAGAAUUGCGAUGGAAGGAAGGCGCUAGCUGACCUGAGAGGAAUGAUGGUGAGCGAGUAGAAGAGUGAGUGCCUUGGAAAUCCAAGCUAGCUUCUCCUUCUCCUUCUCUUCUCCUUGUUCUUGGGGAAUUCGCUGGAAUUCGAGCUUCGAUCCCGCAUUCCAGAUCGCCCACCAAAGGAUCCAGCAUUCAAAACUCGCCAGGGACGCGGAAUUCGCGCCGUGUUUCCUCGAGCACUCUUUCGGCUGCUCUGCAAAGCUGUGGCUUUCCUUUUGACGCCCAAAAAUCUGGAACAGGACGAAAAGAAUGAGGAGCUUUUCAAAAGCUGGAUGAUCUGAAAAGGAGGAAAAGAGAGCAGGAAAAUCGAAAGAAGAGAGGAAUUUGUCUCGCUCACCAUGCCAAGUCUGAUCUCAAUCGCCGCUCCACAGGUGGAUGAAUUCAUCACCUCCCCGAAGAAGCUCAAAGCCGCGGCAAUUCGGCACAGCAGGAACUCCCGGUUGUGGAGAAGGAUUCAAAGCACCACGCUGUGGCUCUUCCUCAUCGUCAGCUUCACGCUCUUGACCAUGAUCAAGUCGGUCGUCAUCUGGCAUCCGGGAAACCUCCUCAAAAAUCCAUGUCAAACGGUAAGAACCAUCUAUGGAAUUCACCGGCGAUUGAUCACGGAGAACCUCAACCUCGAUCUCGCGAGCCACCGGCGGCCUCAGCAGCAAUUGCCGCUGAUGAUCCUCCCUCUCAAGCCGCACGAAUUGCCCAAGAACUUGAGCGAUUCGGAGAGGGAGUUUUGGAAGCAGCCCAACGAUCUCGGGUACCGACCGUGCCUGGAGAUCAGCAAGGAAUAUGCUCAGGCAUCUAGCGCGAUCAUCCGGCAGAGGAGGAAGUAUCUCAUGGUGGUCGUGAACGGAGGAUUGAAUCAACAGAGGAACCAGAUCGUCGACGCCGUGCUCAUCGCCAGGAUUCUCGAGGCCGCGCUUGUGAUUCCAGUGCUGCAAGUCAACCAGAUUUGGGGCGAUGAGAGCGAAUUCUCGGAGAUAUUCGAUGUGGAGCACUUCAAGAGGAUCUUGAGAGACGACAUCAGGAUCGUCUCGUCGCUCCCAUCUACGCACGUCGUGGCGAGGCCAGCGGUGGAGAGCAAUAUGCCGCUACACGCAAGCCCUGACUGGAUUAAAUCGCACUACACCCGAAAGCUCCGCCGCGACGGCGUGCUGCUGCUACGCGGAAUGGACUCGCGCCUUUCCCAUGAUCUCCCGUCCGACCUCCAGAAGCUCAAAUGCAAGGCGGCAUUCCAUGCGCUGAGAUUCGCGCCGUCGCUGCAAGCUCUCGGGGAGAAGCUCGCGAGGAGGAUGUGGGAAGAAGGGCCUUUCGUGGCGCUCCAUUUGAGGCUGGAGAAGGAUGUGUGGGUGAGAACUGGAUGCCUGCCGGGAUUGAGCGCUGAAUUGGACGAAGAAAUCCGGAUCGCCAGGAUCAAAAGCCCCCAAUUGCUCACCUCGCGAUCCAACAUGACUUUCGAGGAGCGACGUAAGCAGGGACUCUGUCCCCUCACUGCGCAUGAGAUCGCAAGGACAUUGAGAGCACUGGGGGCGAAUUCAAGGACUCGGGUAUUCUGGGCUGGAGGAGAGGCAUUUGGAGGAUCUAAAUCGCUGGAGCCACUGAGGGCAGAGUUCCCGCUUCUCUACGACAAAUUCUCCAUUGCUGAGCCAUGGGAGAUGGAGCCAUUCAGGGAAAAAGCUUCGAGCUUGGCCGCGAUUGAUUAUAUCAUCACCCUCAACAGUGAUGUCUUCAUCCCCUCCCAUGGUGGAAACAUGGGCCACGCUCUCCGGGGUCAUCGAGCAUACGUUGGUCAUCGCAAGUACAUCACGCCACAAAAGAGAGAUUUGAUCCAGCUGUUUCUCAAUUCAAGCUCCAUGCGCGAGGAAGAGAUAAAUGAUGAGAUCAAGAGGCUCCACUCUGAGGCCAAUGGAAGACCCCAGCUUAGAAUGGAGAAACCAACUAGGGAUGUGCUCGGUUACCCUGUACCUGAGUGUAUGUGCCGCUCAUCAAGAACUUGGCAUGCUGUUGUUUAGAAGUUUUUCUAAGAAUUUCUUCCAAAAAAGUCAUUUUUGUGAA